AUGAAGGCUAAGGAUCAUCAAGCAAUAAACGAAUGUUUAGAUGAAAUCUAUGAUGGCAUUUCCCAACUCACAAACUCUGUCAUAGAGCUUCAAAAUUUGAACUUAGAUGGGCAAGAAGAGUUUUUAGGCCAUUCCAAGGGUAGUAAAGUGAAGGCUACAAUUAAAGCUAAGGUUCUUAAUGUUGCACAAGUUACUAGCAAUGCUUUGGCUUUGUUUAAUGGAUUUGCUUCUAGAUAUAAGUCUCCUCAUCAUGGCUAG